AUGAAUAAAAGUUUUAAUAUUUUAUUAAAACUUUCUUCAUUUGUAAAAAAUGGAAGUUUCAACAAGCAAAUAUUUGUUAAUCUUUCAAAUAUUAGACAUAUAAUUAAAUGUUCUCCAAGAUCUUCUUUACUAUCAAAGUGUCAAACCAAAAAAGCUAUAAUAUUUGGAGUUUUAGGUAUUUCUAAUGCUACUAUAUUAUUUAAAGGAUAUAAUUUAACUAAAAUGAAAUUUGAAGAUAAUCAAACUAAAAUUCAACUAAUGGAUGAUUCAAUAUUUGAAAAUUUUGAUGAUAUUUUAGUAUUUACUGUAAAUAAUGAAGAACAAUGGCAGGAAAUUAAGAGAGAUGAGAAUUUUAAGCGUUUAAUUAAUACUAUUAAUCAUUCUUAUAAUAAUGUAAAAAUUUGCUAUUCAAAAGACUCUAAAGAUAUAUAUAAUAAUAUAAAUAUAUUAGCUUUUAAAGGGCAAAGGCAUAAAAUACUAUCAUUAAAAGAUAAAUCAGAGUUAUUAUCAACUUCAGAAGAAUUAAUUAAUUUUUAUUAUCCUAUAUCUGAAGAAAGAUCAGAUAAACCAAAGAAUAUUUGGAUACCUAAUGUAACCCUUAAAGAUUUCGAUAAAGAAGUAAUACUUAAAGCAAGCAAAGAGAAUCCAAUAUUAUUAAUGUUGUAUGAAGAUUCUUGUUUCUUAUGUUUCCUUAUGAGACCUUUUAUGAAUUCAAUUGCAAAAUUAUUUAGAGAGAAACAUAUUCCUUUUUCAUUUAAAAAGUUAAAUAUAGACCUAAAUGAUUUUCCGAAAAAUUGUCCUAUUUCUAGAGGAACACCAACCUUUAUAUUAUAUACAGGGGAUCAUAAUCAAUUAUAUUUAAAAUGGGAUGAAUUUAAACCAAGAGAUUUAUUAGAAAAACUUAAGAGUCAAUUAAAAGUACAAAAUGUAAAUGAAGUUAAUUCAUUAGAUUAUCUUUUUAAAUUGGAACAUGAUUCUUUAUAUAAAAGAUUUCAACUAUUUGGAAUACUUAUUUUAUGGACUAUACAGCUCAAGAAUUUACAAGAUGCAAUAUUACUUAGUGAUCAAAAUAUUAAUACUAACAAACAAAAAAGAAAUGAUAUUCUAUUAAAACAAUUCAAUGACUUAUAUAAUCGUGGUAAAGAGUAUUUAGAAUAUUCUGAACAACCAAAUAAUAGCAAAGUUGAACCAGAUACUAUGAAGAAAUCAUAUAUGGAUGACCAAAAUAUUAUAAAAGAAGAAGUGCAAAAUUCUGAAGAUAUUAGUACUAAUCUAGAUUUCAAUUAUGAUGAUGAAGAAUUUAAAAAGACAUUUGAUAGUUUAAUAAGUUUGGAUAUGAUGAGAAUAGAUACAUUGGAAGAAAAUAUAGAAUAUCUCAAAUCUGAAAUAAAAUCCCUGAUGAAAGAUUCAAAGAUUUUAGCAGAUAUGUUAAUCAAUACUUAA